AUGCCAAAUGGCUCCUGGGAUUCGCACCUCCACGUCUUGGCCCCAGUUCGUUUCCCCCCUCUUCCAGGCUCAUACGAGUUCGGUACAUACACAGCCUGGGAUGCCACCAUCGAAGAAACUCGGAUCGGCUGUUCACACAUGGUUCUGAUACAGCCAUCUGUCUACGGCGAUGACAACACCCUCCUCAUUGACACUAUCAAGGCAUUCGGCCCAGACAGGGCCCUCGGUGUUGUUGUAUUUGACGUCGCCAACACAUCAGCUGCACAACUCCGGGAAUGGAACGACCUGGGCGUGCGUGGUGUACGAUUGAACUUUCAGUCGUCUGGUGAUACACCGCCUGCCAAACAGCUCAAAGAAAUGAUGACGCAGUAUGCAGAUGCCAUCCGACCUUUUUCCUGGGUUUUGCAGAUUUAUAUCGCGAUGAAAGACAUACCCAGUAUCGAGUCCGUGAUUCCUACCUUGGGAGUCAAGGUCGUUAUCGACCAUCUUGGCCACCCAGAGAUCCCAAAGUCUGAUACUUCUGGGAGUGCUCUCUACCCGCACACUCUGACUGGUUUUGACUCGAUGCUGCGUCUGCUACAACGAAGUAACACUUGGGUGAAGGUGUCCGCCGUCUAUCGCCUUUCUCACGCUCCAGGGCCCUUAUACACUGACCUUGAUCCUGUUAUCCUUGAACUCUUCAGAGAAGCACCAUCUCGACUAGCUUAUGCAUCAGAUUGGCCGCACACUAGAUUUGAGGGACUAGAUAUCAAGCCUUGGACGUCCCAUGUACUUGACUUAACAGAAGGAAAGGCGGAGCUGAGGAAUGGGCUAUUUCGGGACAACGCACGAGAGCUGUGGGCUGGAAGUGAAACAGCAGGUAAUUCGGCAGAGGAAUGA